AUGCGGAGCGACGUAGCGACGGAGAUGACGCAGCGCAGUGGCGCGGAGGGCCGGCCGUGGUCCGGGGCGCUCGCGGACGGGGGCGCGGGCGCGGGGCGGCACGCGCCGGGGGCGUUCUACGACGAGCACUUCGACGCGGACGAGGGCACGGCGCUCCAGGCCCGCGCGCCCGCGCGGAACACCAAGGGCUUGCUAGUGCGGGUGUUUUCCGCGGUCCUCAUACUGGGCGCGGGCGUCGCAGCGGGCCUGGCUAUCGGGCGCGCCCGCUGGGGCCCGUCAGGCCCGUCCCCGGGCGACGACGUCGCGAGGUUCUUCGUCGUGGGGGACUGGGGGCGCCGCGGGCAGUUCAACCAGACCGAGGUCGCGCAAAUGAUGGACCACGUCGCGGCCACGUUCCGCCCCGAAUUCGUCCUCGGCACCGGCGACAACUUCUACGAGGCGGGUCUGACAGCGACGGAGGACCCCGCCUUCGUCGAGUCGUUCGUCAACGUGUACAGCGGGCCCCACAUCAAACAGCUCCCGUGGCACAACGUGCUCGGAAACCACGACUACGCCGGCAUCGGGCCGGACUGCAGCUACGUGAACGACACGUGCCGCCCAGGCUGCUGUUACAGCGCCGUCCACCAGCUCAGCCCGCGCCUGCGCGACCCCGCUCUCGACCCCGCGCGCCGCUGGCACUGCGCGCGCGCGUUCAAGCUGUCCGUGGGCGCCGGGGCGCGCCGCGUCGACAUCUUCGGGUACGACUCGAACCCCUUCAUGGAGGAGGAGUACUCGAACAAGACGUGGUGGGACACGGGCCCGGGCAGCCUCGUCGACCAGUCGUGGGAGGCCAACCUCGCGGAGCUGGACUCGGCGCUGGAGCUGUCGGACGCGGCGUGGAAGAUCGUGGCCGGGCACCACCCCGUGCACACGUGUCCGUCGGCGGGCGCGCCGCACAACGACGGGCCGUACGUGACGGAGCGCGUGGCGCCGGUGCUGCGGGCGCGCGGGGUGCAGGCGUACUUCAACGGGCACGACCACAACCUGCAGGCCUGGCGGGCGGACGGCGGCGUGUACUACAUGACGUCGGGGGCGGGGUCGGAGACGCGCCCGGGGUGGCAGGACGAGGCGGCGUGUCGCGACAGCGGCGCGUUCUUUCUGUACGACGCCAGCGGGUUCAUGGCCGUCAGAGUGAGAGAGGAGGAGAUGGUCGUGGAGGCGUACGGCAUCGAGUCCACGGAGCCCCUGCACACGUUCUCUAUCCCGCGGGUGCGCGAGGAGUGA